AGGGGGUGAAUCGCCAUUUUGAAUAUCCCCAAUUUGUAAAAUAAAAGACUUGUGAAUGAUUUACAACGUUGUUUCCUUAUAUAAUUACAUCAUUAUUUUGGAAGAUUUACGUUUUUAUCAACACGUUUUUCUUUAAUACUUAGAAUCACCUUGCAGUUUACUCUAUCUAAUUUAUAAACAACAUUGUUUUCAUGCUUUUUGUGGGUUGUGGGAUGAUUCAUGGAACGGCUGUCAACACAGAGCAUCGGUCAAGAUGCUAAUGGAUGCAUAGCAUUAUGCUAUCAGUUAAAUCAACCGCUAAGUGUUCAAUCCCUUGAUACACAAACUGCAGUAGCUGUACAAUCUUUGCUAGACUCACAAACUGUGUCUGAAAAUCCAGAAGAAGACGAGGAUAUCUUUCAAUGUGGCAAAUGCAAGAAACAGUUCUCAUUGAUCACAGCGUUUGUCAAGCACAAGCAGUCACAAUGCUCCUUGCAACAGUCAAUACAUUUACCUCAGCAAGCCCAGGAGCAGCAGAUAGCAAUGGGAGCCAGCUCUGGUGUUUUUUCCCCAGCAAUGAAUAUGAAUCAGUCAUACUCUCAGAUGACUGGUACCGUGGUACCAACAAUAACAACCAAUGCUCCUAUACUUCAGGCGCAUCCAUGUUUAACCAGAUCAUUAAAUCAGCCACCCAGUGCUGCCACCUUGACCCUGAGUGGUGUGUCUUCCUCCUCUCUGUCUCAGCUGUCACAAAACAUGGUGUUCACAGAUGACCUGAUGAGUCUGGCCAACAUUGACCCAAACACUUUGAAUGGACAAACUAUUCAGAUGGUAACAGGACCAAUGCAGUCAGCUAACAGCUCUAACAGUGUCACUAUCUUUAGUCCCAUUACCAGCCUAGCACCCACGCCCAAUAACUACACAUCCCCAUCUCCACCUGGUAUAGCAACAGGUCAGCUGCUUGUCCAGUCAGCCCAGCACAUCACACUGACUGCCAUCUCAGACAAGAGCAUGCAGCUGCAGCAGCAUCAACAACAGCCAGCCAUGCAGCACAUGCCUCAAGCUGUCCAGCCUCCAACUCUGCCUGUCAUUCAACAGUCUCCCAUUACAGCAUCCCAAUCUUCUCAGCUUAAUCAACCCACACAGCAAGCAUAUAAGUCUAGUCCCACUAAAGCUGGUAGAAAGUCAGCUCAGAACAGUUUCAUCUCAGUGUUAAAUGCUGACAACAACUUGCUCAGCACCAGGAAAGGAAAGUCUUCACGCAAUGCCAAGAACAAUUCUGAUGCACCAGAGGAUGAAACAAACACUAAACCUAAAUUAGUGUGCACAUAUUGCAACAAACAGUUUACCAAAAACUUUGACCUCCAGCAGCACAUAAGAGCCCAUACAGGAGAGAAACCAUUUCAGUGCAUUGUCUGUGGUAGGGCCUUUGCUCAGAAAUCUAAUGUCAAGAAACAUAUGACCACUCACAAGGUCUGGCCUUGUGGUACAUCCAACACACUGCCUAAACAACCAGAGCCAGUUCUUGACGAUAAGGAUGUAUCCUCUUCCUGUUCUUCAUCAUCUUCAGUCAUCACAACAGUUGCACCCACACAAGCACAGCAGCUCUCAGAUGUGAUCACUGCUGCUUCAGAGUCCAAGCUGAUGUCUCCUGUCCAUCAGUUCAAUGCUGUGAAGAAGAUGGAGAAACAAGUUGAAGAGAAAUUCUCCAAGGUGAAGGUUGUGGUUGACAACUCCUAUAUAUGUCAGUAUUGUCCAAGCAAGUUUAAAACUUAUUACCAGUUAAAAACUCACCUGGUGAAUCAUAAAAGUGAACAGGUGUACAAAUGUGUCAUGAAGAAUUGCGGUCACUCCUUCCAUGACCUGGACACUUACUUGGAGCAUGUCAAGUCUCAUGAGAAUGAGAUGACCUACAGGUGUCACCAGUGUCAUAAGUACUUCAAGAACCUGUAUGACCUUGGAGUACAUCAGUAUACUCACAUCUACAUGAACCAGGCAGUCAAGUCUGGACUUAGACACUUCCAAUGUACUAAAUGUGGUAACAAGUACACCACCCCAGAAGCCCUUGAGCACCACAUGUCCACCACAAGUCAUGACUACAAGUGUCCACACUGCAAUAAGCAGUUCACUUGUGAAAGAUUUCUAAGACGUCACCUACCUAUACACGGCUCUGAAGGUCAGUUUGAGUGUCAUCAGUGCAGUAAGAAAUUUAAAACAGAACAUUACCUCAAGUCACAUAUGUUGAUCCACACGGGAGAAACACCUUAUUCCUGCGACAUCUGUCAGGCUGCUUUUAACCGCAAGGAUAAACUAAAACGCCAUAUGACCAUUCAUGAUUUGAUCAAAAAGUAUAGAUGUCCCUUCAGGUCUAUAGCAGGUUGUCUCAAAGAAUUCAAUCGUCCAGACAAACUCAAGGCUCACAUAGUCACACACAGUGGCAUCAAACCCUACAAGUGCAGCAUCUGUGAUAAAGCUUUCUCUCGCAAGCCACAUUUGGCAGAGCAUGAACGUGGUCAUAAGAUGGACUAUAGGUUCAAGUGUGAGAAGUGUGGGAAAGGUUACUUCCGCCCCAAGCUGUUCAACGAACACAAGUGUCAGCCCUCCAAGAAUGACCAGCAGUUUAGACCUAGAAAUAGAAGAAAGGUUGGACGUCCCAGGAAGCGAAUGAUCACAAUUGCACCAGACUCCCUGUCUAAAAGCAGAGGGAAGCAGUACUCAUCACGCACAAGGAUGAAAGUCAAGGCACAACGGAUGCUUGCUGUUGAAGAACUAGCCGGCCAGCUUGAGCAGCAGGGCAAAGAGUACGCAAAGCAGGAGAUGAAUGAGAUAGACUAUAGAAAGUAUGAUGAUGCCAACACUUUGUCUGUGGAAGUGGUCAAAGCAUUACCAUUGGUUUCUUCCCCUGGCAAGGGGCAGGCUGUGGUCAAAAUUGAAGGCACAGAAACUAUUCAUAUUCCAGGACUUGAUGACAAGGGACUCAGUGCCUCUCUAGGGCAUGUCCAGCAGAUAAGCCUAGGACGCAAUGGUGAGCUGGUUGACCAUUAUGUUGUACACUUAACAGAGUCUGUAGAUGGUAGUGGCCCAACUAUUCAGACUGCCUUCAUCCCAGCAGUAUCUGGGGGACAACUUUUCACCAGGGGACCCGGAGGGUUGGAUAUUCAGCCUAUUGCUAUUAUUGCAGCCAGGUCUUUUAAUAUGACACAAACGGAUGGUUCAGGUACCCAAGUAUUAACCUCAGAUGGCGCCAACGCCAUUAUAGCUUGCACACAGGGUCAGUUGGAAGGCACAGAUGUCAGUGGUGGUAGUUUCAUCACAGUUUCAGACGGGACUCAUCUUGUCAGUGAUGGUGACAGGGGUGUCAAGUCUGAGCUGGGGGAUGCAGGGAUGAUCAUGCUGUCAGAAGAUGGUAUGACCAGCACAAGUGACAGCAGGGGAUGCCAGAUUGUGGAAAUAGACUCUGUGGGAGUUGAGGGUCAUGAAGCCAGCAGUCACAUGAUGGACCUGGGGGGCAAGGAGCAAUCCAUGGUGGUCAUUGACAAUCAUGGCAUGAUGAUGUCAGCCAGUGACAUGGCCAGCGUGGAAACUGGUGGGGACAUGAUGGACACUGCCUUGUCACUGUUUUCCCCUCAGUCUAAUGGAGAAAGUUAUGUAGGUGGUCAAGUGGUUGUGUCAGGUGACCAGGCUUACAUAGCAUGCAAUGUAGAUUACUCCACAACAGACCAUGGUCUAGACAGUAAUAACUGCCAAUAAGUUUGUUUUUAAAACACACACUCUAAUGUAAGGCAGAUAAACAAAAUAUCUUGCAUUUUAAUGAUGUGAAGAAAAUAUGAAUGGACAUUAAUUCUGUUAUUUUGUUUGUGUUCAAAUUUUGGUGCUUUUUUAACAAAGGUUUUUAAAAAUGUUUUUUUUAACCACAAAAUGAGUUUGUGUAUUUGGUUUUCCUUUAGCCUCUAAGCUAAUUGAAAUAUGCUGUUGUGUCUAGAUAGGGAACAUUUACAGAAUGGGAGGACACCAGUUUAAAGACUAAUAGUUUUCCCCUUUAUUAAAGUGAAGAUAUAGAUACAAGUUGUUGUUUUGUAACAUUGGAUACACUGAAUUACUACAAAAAUAUUUACUUCAGAAACAAUUAAUUAAAUCAUGAUCAGAUUAAUUUUUUAUAGACCAGGGAGUGAAUCACAAGAUUUCUGAACUAAUAGAAAGUUUGUUUUCGAAAGCUUACAUUUAACCUUUGACUGUUGGAGGGACCGAGUGUAUUAGUAUGUUGUGAUUUAUAGAACAAUAGAUUUUAUCCAUAAUUAAAAAAAUUGUUUGUAUAUCAAUAGACUAAGAAAUACAUUGAAGCAGAUGUAGCCUACCAAUGUUUGAACAGUCAACUUUUCUUAGUGAAUAAAUAGAAAUACAUUGAAGCAGAUGUAGCCUACCAAUGUUUGAACAGUCAACUUUUCUUAGUGAAUAAAUAGAAAUACAUUGAAGCAGAUGUAGCCUACCAAUGUUUGAACAGUCAACUUUUCUUAGUGAAUAAAUAGAAAUACAUUGAAGCAGAUGUAGCCUACCAAUGUUUGAACAGUCAACUUUUCUUAGUGAAUAAAUAGAAAUACAUUGAAGCAGAUGUAGCCUACCAAUGUUUGAAUAGUCAACUUUUCUUAGUGAAUAAAUAGAAAUACAUUGAAGCAGAUGUAGCCUACCAAUGUUUGAACAGGCAACUUUUCUUAGUGAAUAAAUAGAAAUACAUUGAAGCAGAUGUAGCCUACCAAUGUUUGAACAGGCAACUUUUCUUAGUGAAUAAAUAGAAAUACAUUGAAGCAGAUGUAGCCUACCAAUGUUUGAACAGUCAACUUUUCUUAGUGAAUAAAUAGAAAUACAUUGAAGCAGAUGUAGCCUACCAAUGUUUGAACAGUCAACUUUUCUUAGUGAAUAAAUAGAAAUACAUUGAAGCAGAUGUAGCCUACCAAUGUUUGAACAGUCAACUUUUCUUAGUGAAUAAAUAGAAAUACAUUGAAGCAGAUGUAGCCUACCAAUGUUUGAACAGUCAACUUUUCUUAGUGAAUAAAUAGAAAUACAUUGAAGCAGAUGUAGCCUACCAAUGUUUGAACAGGCAACUUUUCUUAGUGAAUAAAUAGAAAUACAUUGAAGCAGAUGUAGCCUACCAAUGUUUGAACAGUCAACUUUUCUUAGUAAAUAAAUAGAAAUACAUUGAAGCAGAUGUAGCCUACCAAUGUUUGAACAGUCAACUUUUCUUAGUGAAUAAAUAGAAGUACAUUGAAGCAGAUGUAGCCUACCAAUGUUUGAACAGUCAACUUUUCUUAGUGAAUAAAUAGAAAUACAUUGAAGCAGAUGUAGCCUACCAAUGUUUGAACAGUCAACUUUUCUUAGUGAAUAAAUAGAAAUACAUUGAAGCAGAUGUAGCCUACCAAUGUUUGAACAGUCAACUUUUCUUAGUGAAUAAAUAGAAAUACAUUGAAGCAGAUGUAGCCUACCAAUGUUUGAACAGUCAACUUUUCUUAGUGAAUAAAUAGAAAUACAUUGAAGCAGAUGUAGCCUACCAAUGUUUGAAUAGUCAACUUUUCUUAGUGAAUAAAUAGAAAUACAUUGAAGCAGAUGUAGCCUACCAAUGUUUGAACAGGCAACUUUUCUUAGUGAAUAAAUAGAAAUACAUUGAAGCAGAUGUAGCCUACCAAUGUUUGAACAGGCAACUUUUCUUAGUGAAUAAAUAGAAAUACAAAGUAAAACUUCAAUCCUAUUUACCUCCAUCCUAUGUAACUGAUGCCUCACAGUCUAUUUUAUGUCAUUUCUAACUGAUGCCUCACAGUCUAUUUUAUGUCAUUUCUAACUGAUGCCUCACAGUCUAUUUUAUGUCAUUUCUAACUGAUGCCUCACAGUCUAUUUUAUGUCAUUUCUAACUGAUGCCUCACAGUCUAUUUUAUGUCAUUUCUAACUGAUGCCUCACAGUCUAUUUUAUGUCAUUUCUAACUGAUGCCUCACAGUCUAUUUUAUGUCAUUUCUAACUGAUGCCUCACAGUCUAUUUUAUGUCAUUUCUAACUGAUGCCUCACAGUCUAUUUUAUGUCAUUUCUAACUGAUGCCUCACAGUCUAUUUUAUGUCAUUUCUAACUGAUGCCUCACAGUCUAUUUUAUGUCAUUUCUAACUGAUGCCUCACAGUCUAUUUUAUGUCAUUUCUAACUGAUGCCUCACAGUCUAUUUUAUGUCAUUUCUAACUGAUGCCUCACAGUCUAUUUUAUGUCAUUUCUAACUGAUGCCUCACAGUCUAUUUUAUGUCAUUUCUAACUGAUGCCUCACAGUCUAUUUUAUGUCAUUUCUAACUGAUGCCUCACAGUCUAUUUUAUGUCAUUUCUAACUGAUGCCUCACAGUCUAUUUUAUGUCAUUUCUAACUGAUGCCUCACAGUCUAUUUUAUGUCAUUUCUAACUGAUGCCUCACAGUCUAUUUUAUGUCAUUUCUAACUGAUGCCUCACAGUCUAUUUUAUGUCAUUUCUAACUGAUGCCUCACAAUCUAUUUUAUGUCAUUUCUAACUGAUGCCUCACAGUCUAUUUUAUGUCAUUUCUAACUGAUGCCUCACAGUCUAUUUUAUGUCAUUUCUAACUGAUGCCUCACCGUCUAUUUUAUGUCAUUUCUAACUGAUGGCACAUGGUACUGUAUUCCAAUAGUUGAGUCCUAUAUUAUUGUAUAUUUCAAUGUGUUUAAUUGGGGUAGGCUAAUGGCAUGGUAAUGGAAUUUCAGUUGAGUAGGAUUGCUCUUACUGACAUUAGAAUUAGACACAAACUAAAACCGUUUUGUUGUUUAGGUUUAUGUAUUAAUGUCAUCUCUGACUCUGUCAACUCUGUACAGUAUUGUUACCGUUAUAUGAACAGUAUUAUUACAUCUAUAACUUUCAACAGAUGUUAGUGUAAGAUGUAUUUCAAAAAUAAACUUGAAGCUGAUUU